UGAGUUUGAGUUUCGCUGCGUCCAUGUCUGACAUAUAACCUGGACUCCAGUGCGUAACGCCACCAUGCAACAUGAGCUCCAUGGAGCCCGCCAACUUUGCGACAAUAAGGCCAUGCCGGGUGUCAAAUCUGGGAGAGUACGGCAUGUCCGAGGACAACAACAACAAUAACAGCAGCAGCAGCAUGAUGGAGCUCAGCAACGCGCCUGCCAUUCACGACGAUGAGAGCGCCAUCGACUUCAGCGCCUACAUCGAGUCCAUGUCCACGGUCCUCUGGAGAUCUGCAACGACGGCCUUUGCAGACUUGUUCAACAAUACCGUGAAGCGCAAGAAAGCCAGACCUUACCUGCCGAGCGCUAGCGCGAAGAGCGCGGAGAGGCUGUAGCACUGCCGCGCAUCGAGGCGCGCAGACGGCGGUGAGCCCAUGCACACGGGCCAGCCGACACCCCCCCACCACACCCGGAGCCGGAGCCCACCACAGGCGGGAUGGGAAAGAGAAGGGCAAGAAGCCGUCGACAGGCACAGUCCGGAGUAUCACAGCAAAGAGAGGAACAACAUCGCCGUGCGUAAAAGCAGGGACAAGGCGAAGUAGCACUUGGAGAUGCAGCAGAAGAUGAUCGAGCCGAGCGCCGAGAACGAGCGCCUGCACAAAAACCAUCGAUCAGCUGGACUGAGCAGAACUCAGCAGCCCAGAAACUUCUUUCAAACACAUGCUGACGCUUCAUUUGGGAUCAUGAGCAAGCACUGUUGA